AUGAAUAAUUCGGGUAAUUCUAACCGUGACAUAAAUAUCGACACUAGCCACGAUAAAGUUCCUGUGGAUUUAGAUUCUAUUCAUGGAUACCAUAAAAAAACUGAUCAUCAUUCUUUAAUACAUGCAUUGAAAACGGUGGUUUCGCAUACGACUGAAAAAGAUGCUGGUGAAAGCAUUUUUGCUCCUUCAAAUUCAAAGCCUCCACAUAAAUCUUUGAUGCAUCCCUCCCUUCAUUCACUUUACAAAUUCCUACCACCAUUGAAAAACUGGGCUGCUAAAAAGCAUUUUGGGAAUUAUGUAAUUGUUCGCGAAACUGGUGAUAAGAUAUGGGAGGAAAUGCCAAUAUAUGCUAGGAUCGGAAUGCAUUUACUAUUUUCUGGAAAAAUUGAAGAAAAAGUUGUCGAAUCAUCAGGCAUUAAACAUCUUUUCGAAGUUGAAUCAAAGCGUCAGGGACAAUAUUUUGAUUCACCACAUUCUACUAAAACCAUCCCUGGUUUUGUUAAACACUAUGAUAUUAAGGUUGAUGAAUUAUUAGAACCGGAUUUAAAAAAAUAUCAGAAUUUCAAUGAAUUUUUUUAUAGAAAAUUGAAGCCUGGUGCCAGACCCCCUGCGGUACCUGGUGAUGAUAACGUUUUUGUUUCAGCUGCGGAUUGCAGACUUACCGUUUUUCAAGAUAUUGAUCUUGCGAAAAAAUAUUGGAUCAAGGGAAAACAUUUUACAGUUGCCGAGCUCGUUCAAGAUGAAGAAUUG